ACUCUCUAGGCCUGCGGCUCGCGACUCGAUAACCGGAUAACCGGAAGUCAUCCGGACUGAGUCCACCAAGGCCAGUCCAGGCAGCAGUCAGCUCCAUUUGGCUGCCGGGAUGGCAAACCGUGCUUCGCUAGAGGAGCUGGUACGACUUCAGGGAGAGCGCGUGCGGAGCCUCAAACAGCAGAAGGCCAACGCCGAGCAGGUCGAAGAGGAAGUGGCAAAACUCCUGAAACUGAAAGCACAGCUGGGCUCUGAUGAAAGCAAACAGAAAUUUGUGCUCAAAACCCCCAAGGGCACAAGAGACUACAGUCCCCGGCAGAUGGCAGUUAGGGAGAAGGUCUUUGAUGCAAUCAUCCACUGCUUCAAACGCCAUGGUGCAGAAGUGAUUGAUACACCUGUGUUUGAACUAAAGGAAACCCUAACUGGAAAGUAUGGAGAAGACUCUAAGCUUAUUUAUGACCUGAAGGAUCAGGGUGGGGAGCUGCUGUCCCUCCGUUAUGACCUCACUGUUCCUUUUGCUCGGUAUUUGGCAAUGAAUAAACUGACCAACAUUAAACGGUACCACAUAGCAAAAGUGUACCGACGGGAUAACCCAGCCAUGACCCGCGGCCGUUAUCGGGAAUUCUACCAGUGUGAUUUUGACAUUGCUGGGCAAUUUGACCCUAUGAUCCCAGAUGCAGAGUGCCUGAAGAUCAUGUGUGAGAUCUUGAGUUCACUUCAGAUAGGAGACUUUCUGGUCAAGGUCAAUGACCGGCGCAUCCUAGAUGGUAUGUUUGCCAUCUGUGGUGUUCCUGAUAACAAGUUCCGUACCAUCUGUUCCUCAGUGGACAAGCUGGACAAGGUGUCCUGGGAGGAUGUGAAGAAUGAAAUGGUGGGAGAGAAGGGCCUUGCACCUGAGGUGGCCGACCACAUUGGGGACUAUGUCCAGCAACAUGGUGGAGUGUCCCUGGUGGAACAGCUGCUCCAGGAUCCUAAACUGUCCCAAAACAAGCAGGCCAUGGAAGGUCUGUUAGAUGUGAAGCUGCUAUUUGAGUAUCUGACCUUGUUUGGCAUUGCUGAUAAGAUCUCCUUCGAUCUGAGCCUUGCUCGAGGUCUGGACUACUACACUGGGGUGAUCUAUGAAGCUGUGCUGCUACAGACUCCAGCCCAAGCAGGGGAAGAGCCCCUGGGUGUGGGCAGUGUGGCUGCUGGAGGGCGCUAUGAUGGGCUAGUGGGCAUGUUUGACCCCAAGGGGCGCAAGGUGCCAUGCGUGGGGCUCAGCAUUGGAGUGGAGCGAAUCUUCUCCAUUGUGGAGCAGAGACUGGAGGCUUCAGAGGAGAAAGUUCGGACUACAGAGACACAGGUGCUUGUGGCAUCUGCACAGAAAAAGCUACUGGAAGAAAGACUGAAGCUUGUCUCAGAGCUGUGGAAUGCUGGUAUAAAGGCUGAGCUGCUGUACAAAAAGAACCCAAAGUUACUGAACCAGUUGCAGUAUUGUGAGGAGGCAGGCAUCCCACUGGUGGCUAUAAUUGGCGAGCAGGAGCUCAAGGACAGGGUCAUCAAGCUUCGUUCAGUGGCCACCAGGGAAGAGUGGGCACUGUCUCUUGGGGUGUCUGAUUGGGUCCUGAUCCCAGCUGAGCCAAAUCUGAUGACUAGAAGUAGGCACCUAGCAAGCACUGAAGUGGAAGAUGUUCAUACCACUUUCUUCCCUCAUCCUGGCCAGGUGGAUGUCCGAAGAGAAGAUCUUGUGGAGGAAAUCAGAAGAAGAACAAGCCAGCCCCUCUGUAUCUCCUGAGCCACGUAAACUCUCAGAGGAAGGUGGGACUGGCACUAUUUGAGGCUAAAACUGCAUUUGUGCUUAAACAGUUUUGCACACUUUUGUUCCAGUAAGAAGACCUGAGGAGUGGUCAGAACAAUUACUUUUAUUAUGAUUGUGGUAAUCACUGGCAAAGAUGGCCGGGUACUGUACCACUUUCUAAAGAAAGCUAUGGGGAAUUAGGCCAGUCCACCUCCUGAGCUACUUGGACAGGCCUGACAUGGCCUCAUCAGCAGGGCCCCCUUCCAGUUGGAGCAGGUGUCUUCCCACCACACCUGUCGCCAAAGGUCCAAUAAAAUGCCUCAACCAUUGGAA